UUAAUUAUGACAUUCAGAAUGCAAUUUAUGAAAUGCAUCUUAUGUGUCAUUUUAUCCGUUGUAGUUUGUUCUGUUUUGUUAAUGAUACGAAAAAGUUUUUAUUUAACGUAUCUGCCAAAUUCGGUUUUUUUAAUAGAAGUUAAUCAGACAAAACAAAAAUGUCCCGUAGCAUCUCGAACAGAGAAAUCGAUCAAUUUAGAAUUAAAACUUUUAGAGCACGACGAAAUGAAUGGUCAAUCGAUUAGCUUGCAGGAAAGUGCAACAUUACUUCAACAAAUUUCAAACACAUGCGUAAAAUAUAAUUUGAAAACUCCUUUGAUAAGAAGACAUUUUUUAUAUAAUUCCAAACACAAAUCAUUGUACUGCUGGAUUCGUAAAGUAGCUUCAACGAGUUUUACUAAAUUAUUUUCAGACAUGAGAAAUCGUCGAACUGUACAAAAUUAUUAUAGAGAAGUUGACGUUUUGGCGCCAAAAUUUUUGGCGGAAUUACGACGUAGUGCGAAUGACGUGAACACAUUUAAACUUUUAGUCGUGCGGCAUCCUUUCCAAAGACUUGUAUCGUCGUACAGAGAUCGCGUGGAGGAUAAUUCCAAGCAUACUGCACAAGCCUGGAUUUACACUAAAAAAAUAUUUCACCUUACAAGACCCGAACUUUUUCGUUCGAAUACUACGACUGGUAAUUUUCAACAAAAAGUAUUUACCGCUGAUAAAAGAUUAAAGGUAAUACCAACUUUUAAAGAGUUUUCGAUGUGGCUUUUGGAAAAUUCCGAGGAAGACGAUGUUCAUUGGGAUCGAUAUUACACGCAUUGUGCCGUGUGUGAUAUACGAUAUAACUAUAUUUUAAAAUUGGACGAUUAUACGUACGGACAAAUUAAUUAUAUUUUUUCAAAGCUUGGAUUGAAUAAGAACACGGUAUAUUUACCGAAAUUGGAGCAAACACGCGGGGGAUACACUAAUUUCAAAACAACGUGUAAAUAUCUUGCGAAUUUGACGCAAGACAUAAUACUAAAAUUGUACCAAAGGUAUAAAAUAGACUUUGAAAUGUAUAAUUACAGCAUUAAACCAUAUAUAUUUUGUGCAAGUAAAAGCAUUUAAAUGCUGUAUAUUAUUCUAAGAGGAGGAAAUGAU